AUGGAGUCGUACCUCCGGCGAGUGGGCGAGUGGCGACGCGGCGCCACGAACUUCUUCGGCAACAGUGGGAUGCAGUUAAAACCGACACCUCCUUCGGUGAUCGACCUGAGCCGCCUGCGACCGGCGCAGCAGCAACGAAGCCAGCAGCAGUUGGGCCGAAGGCGCGGAUCCUUCUUCAGGGACAAAGCCACGUCCGCUCGCUCGGGUGUGCAGGAAGCUACGGCCAACUGCUGCCUGACGGCUCGGGGUUUGUACUCGCAGUCCACGGUUCCCGGGUUCAUCCAGAUGGCGCAAGCUCGGAACCCGUUUCGCAUCAUCAUCUGGUUCGUGGCGUUCGUUGGCCUCGGGUCGGUGGCGCUGAGCAACCUGUACGAACUGAUGCACGAAUACUUCCAGUACCCGCUCACUGUGAACAUCCGACUAGAGGACGUCAACAACGUGGAGUUUCCGGCCGUCACGCUGUGCAACCUGAAUCCUGUGCGAAAAAGUCAGUUGUGCGGCCAGGAGACUGACCUCGACUACACCCUCCAGGAGUUCCUCUGCAACAAGACAGCUGAGACGACUGUGACGCGAGGCGAGGACGAAGGCCAGCUCGAACAGUUCGUCAUGUGGCUGGCUACUAAGCAGCGCACCGAGCCGGAACUUGCCAGGACGCUGGGCCACCAACUGGCCCACCUGCUGCGAACCUGCAGCAUUCAAGGGAUCAAAUGCGAUUUGGACAGGAUGUUCACCCUCGUCUUCAGUUCCAGAUACGGCAAUUGUUUCUGCUUUCACUGCAACAGCAACAACGAACCAGUAUUUCGAUAUCGAAGACUUGGAAGGCCGGAACAAGUGGAGCAGCACGAAUACCUCCCCAUCACGCCCGAAGCCGGCUACAUGGUGAUGAUACACAAACAGGGACACGAUCCCGAAGAAGCCACCGAUGGCAUCUUCGUAGCCCCCGGACAAACCACCUACGUUGGUGUCACCGUGGAUGCGCGGUAA